UCUGAGAAGAAGAGAUAAGCUAUGGAUGACGAAUUGGAAGGUCUUCGAGCUCAUUUUCCUGUUUCUUUCGGUAAGACAUCGAAGGUUUCGGCGUCAACUGAAGCCAUUCACAGCGCAACUCGCCGCACCGAUGUAGCCACCGACGCCGGGGUUUCGUCGGAUUCCUCCACGAAGAAACCUGACUCCGGUAAAUCUGAAUCCGGAUUCCCUUCUCUGUCUUCCUCAUCUGAAACCUGGCUCCGAAGUGUUCGCGGUCCGAAACGUAACCCUAAUAGCUCCAGUCUACCUCCUUCCGAUGAUGAUAUAGCAAUGGGUCCGCCACCACCACCGCCGCCGCCGUCUAAACCGACGCAAGAGGAAGAAGAGGAGGAUGACGGAGUUAUGAUGGGACCACCUCCGCCACCGAAGGGACUCGGGAACAUUAAUGAUUCUGAUGAUGAGGCGGACAUGAUCGGUCCUCCUCCGCCGCCUCGGGCUGCUAUAGAUUCCGAUGAAGAUUCAGAUGAUGAUGAUGCUAAUGACAACGAGGAGAAUCGUUACCAGAUUCCACUGAGCAACGAGAUUCAGCUCAAGGGCCAUACAAAGAUUGUUUCAUCUCUCGCUGUUGAUAGUGCUGGAGCUAGAGUUCUUUCAGGAAGCUAUGACUACACAGUGCGUAUGUAUGAUUUCCAAGGGAUGAAUUCAAGACUUCAGUCUUUUAGACAGAUCGAACCAUCUGAGGGACACCAAGUUCGCAGCGUGAGCUGGAGUCCUACUUCUGGUCAUUUUCUAUGCGUUACUGGCUCUGCACAAGCUAAGAUUUUUGAUCGAGAUGGUCUUACUCUUGGUGAGUUUAUGAAAGGAGAUAUGUAUAUUCGUGAUUUGAAGAACACUAAGGGACAUAUUUGCGGGUUGACUUGCGGAGAAUGGCAUCCGAGGACUAAGGAAACGGUUCUGACUUCGUCGGAAGACGGGUCUUUGCGUAUAUGGGAUGUUAAUAACUUCCUAAGCCAAACGCAGGUUAUUAAGCCAAAGCUUGCUAGACCAGGGAGGGUUCCAGUUACAACCUGUGCUUGGGACCGUGACGGAAAGCGUAUCGCCGGUGGCAUAGGAGAUGGUUCUAUACAGAUUUGGAGUCUCAAGCCGGGAUGGGGAAGCCGACCAGAUAUUUACGUUGGGAAGGCCCACACUGAUGAUAUAACCUCUGUAAAGUUCUCUAGCGAUGGCAGAAUUCUGUUGUCAAGGAGUUUUGAUGGUUCUCUGAAGGUCUGGGACUUGCGGCAGAUGAAAGAAGCUCUAAAAGUUUUUGAGGGUCUCCCUAAUUAUUAUCCACAAACCAAUGUUGCCUUUAGUCCAGACGAACAAAUCAUCCUGACUGGAACAUCUGUCGAGAAAGACAGCACAACAGGAGGCUUGCUAUGCUUCUACGAUCGCACCAAACUAGAGAUUGUUCAAAAAGUCGGAAUCUCUCCAACUUCCAGCGUGGUGCAAUGCGCUUGGCACCCGAGGUUGAAUCAGAUAUUUGCAACAUCUGGAGACAAAAGCCAAGGAGGGACUCACAUUCUUUACGACCCAACUCAGAGCGAGAGAGGCGCAUGCGUCUGUGUUGCACGUGCACCAAGGAAGAAAUCUGUAGACGAUUACCAACCAGAACCAGUAAUACACAAUCCUCAUGCAUUACCAUUGUUCAGAGACGCACCAAGCCGUAAACGACAAAGAGAGAAAGCAUUGAAGGAUCCUAUUAAAGCCCACAAGCCUGAGAUUCCCAUGACAGGUCCUGGUCAUGGUGGAAGAGUUGGGACUACUGGUAGUAGCUUACUAACACAAUAUCUUCUCAAGCAAGGUGGGAUGAUAAAAGAGACGUGGAUGGAGGAAGAUCCAAGAGAAGCGAUAUUGAAAUACGCAGAGGUUGCUGUUAAAGAUCCCAAGUUUAUUGCACCGGCUUACUCUGAGACCCAGCCUGAGACCAUCUUCGCUAAAUCUGAUGACGAAGAAGAAGAAGGUGACACCAAAAAAUAAUAGUGUUUCAAAUUCAACGACCAUUUCCUUGUAUCCUGUGUAAUGAUCAUAUCAUGGCACUUUAGAAUAACUGAAAGAACACACU